AUGGUUUUGUGCGCCGAAGAGAACCGCAAGCCGUUGGUGGCCGUAUUCGGAGCCGGAAUGAUGGGAAGUGGCAUUGCUCAAGUGUGCAUUCAGGCCGGAUACUCGGUCAAUUUGUACGGAAGAAGCGAAAAGAAGCUGCUGGAGGCCAGAGAGACCAUCAAGAAGAAUCUGAUUCGCGUGGCGAGCAAGAAGAAGACCGAGGCGCCGAUGGAGCCGGAAGCGCUCGAGCAGAUUGCUCAAGUGCAGCUCGAGUUGCUUCAUAUCCACACCGACGUGAGUUUCGAGCGCAUUUAUCUUUUUCAGUAUCAUUUUCGAAUUCAGAUUGCCUCGGCCGUCGAGGAAGCCGCAAUGGCAAUCGAAGCAGUCGCCGAGAACCUCGAUCUGAAGCUCGACAUCUUCCAAACCAUCCAGAAGAGCUGUCCAGAGUGAGUGCUCAACACAAGCUCAGUGAUCUAUCAUUCCCUUUUCCAGAAACUGCAUUCUGAUCACCAACACGUCCUCCCUGAAGCUCGCCCAAAUGCUGCCAGUCAUCAAAAACCCCGCCCUCUUUGCCGGACUCCAUUUCUUCAACCCGGUUCCGGUUAUGAAACUGGUAGAAGUGGUGUCGACGGAGGAAACUUCGCAAGAGACGACAGACUACCUCUUCGAGUUCUGCAAGGAAAUCAAAAAGUUGCCGGUGGCGGCGAAAGACACUCCCGGAUUCAUUGUCAAUCGCCUUCUGAUUCCGUACCUGAUGGACAGCAUCCGCAUGCUCGAGCGAGGAGACGCCACGAAGGAGGACAUCGACACUGCGAUGCGAUUCGGAACCUCAUACCCGAUGGGCCCGAUCGAGUUGUGCGACUACGUCGGGCUCGAUGUUCUGCAGAGCACUCUCAAAAGUGAGCUAAUUUAAGGGGGCCGAACAAUUUCAUUCAAAUUUGUUCAGUUUUCCGUGAAACUCUUCCUGGCGACACCCGUUUCAAUCCUAUUCCGCUCAUGGACAAACUCGUGUCCGAGGGCAAGCUCGGCAGGAAAACGAAGCAGGGAUUCUACACCUAUUAA